UAAUUGUUCCCAUUUGCUUUUUGCAGGCCCGCCAAGCAGCCCCAUGUGUGCUCUUUUUUGAUGAGCUGGACUCCAUUGCCAAGGCUCGAGGUGGGAAUAUCGGUGAUGGCGGUGGUGCUGCAGACCGUGUCAUCAAUCAGAUCCUGACAGAGAUGGAUGGCAUGUCCACCAAGAAAAAUGUCUUCAUCAUUGGUGCCACCAACAGGCCAGACAUCAUUGACCCAGCCAUCUUGCGCCCUGGUCGCCUGGAUCAGCUCAUCUACAUCCCUCUGCCUGAUGAGAAGUCCCGGGUUGCAAUUCUUAAGGCCAACCUGAGGAAAUCACCAGUUGCCAAGGACGUUGACUUGGAUUUUCUAGCUAAGAUGACCAAUGGCUUUUCGGGGGCUGACCUGACAGAAAUUUGCCAGCGUGCCUGUAAACUGGCCAUCCGCGAAUCCAUUGAGAGUGAGAUCAGGCGAGAGCGUGAGAGGCAGACCAACCCUUCUGCCAUGGAGGUGGAGGAGGAUGACCCUGUUCCUGAGAUACGCAGGGAUCACUUUGAGGAGGCCAUGCGCUUUGCUCGCCGCUCUGUCAGUGACAACGACAUCAGGAAAUAUGAGAUGUUUGCACAGACCCUACAGCAGAGCCGUGGCUUUGGCAGCUUCAGGUUCCCAUCAGGUAACCAGGGUGGUGCUGGUCCAAACCAAAGCACAGGAGGUGGCAGCGGGGGCAACGUCUAUAGCGAAGACAAUGAUGAUGAUCUCUACGGUUAACUCCCUCCUUGGUGGACCAGCGCCACAUCAGGCCUUGUUGUACAGCAAAAAAAUCCAAUGUUCAGUGGACUCUUGGCUUCUUCAUUCUUCAGUCAGGACAGUGUAGCUGCAUAUCAGACUUAGUACAGGGAAUGUUUUCUGCAAACACAAAUCCCGAGCAGUGUUCAACUGGGAGGCAGACAGUGAAUUAAAAAGGAGGGAAACUGACUUAGUUUCUGAGAAAUUUCUGUUCUAGUUUAUGUGGCAGAAUCAACAGCUUUAACAAAGAAUACAAUGCUAACCUGUAUAGAAAAAAUCCCACAAAAAUGAUAAAAAAUAAUAAAAAUCCCACAACACUC